ACUUCCUGAGGACCCUGGACCCCAUGGGCCAGGAUCUCCUAGGCACUGUACCCCUAGUCCCCACUCUCAGUUGUGCACCUGCCCUGUCCACUCCUGCAGGCACCCCCAGAUUCCAGCCCCAUGAAGUGUUCCAUCUCUACGCUGGCUCCCCAGCGCCCCCGCGUGGCUCAUCUCUGCAAUGCCACCCUGGACCGUGCACCAGCCAGCCAGGCUGCUUUCCACCACCACCACCACCGCUGCCAUUGCUGCAGGGACAGGAAGCAGAAGUCCCUGGAGAAGGGGCCCAGCCUGUCCGCAGGCACGGAUGGUGCACCCAGCAGCACUGCGGGCCCAGGGCCGCCCCAGGGAGAGGGGCCUGUGGGCUGCCGGAGGGAGCGCAGGCAGGAGCGCGGCCGUUCCCAGGAACGGAGGCAGUCUUCCUCCUCCGAGAAGCAGCGCUUCUACUCAUGUGACCGCUUUGGGGGCCGCGAGCCCCCACAGCCCAAGCCCUCUCUCAGCAGCCACCCUACGUCGCCAACGGCUGGUCAGGAGCCAGGACCCCUGAGACAGGGUAGUGGUUCAGUGAAUGGGAGCCCCUUGCUGUCAACAUCUGGUGCUAGCACCCCUGGCCGUGGUGGGCAGAGGCAGCUCCUCCAGACCCCGCUCAACCCCCGUCCCAGCAUCACCUACAUGAUGGCCAACUCCUCCCCUGUCCACUUUGCUGGGGCUCAGAGAAGCCUCCCUGCCUUCUCCCCUGAUCAGUUUAACUGUGGCUUUUCUGAACACAAUGCACUGCUCCAGAGAAACACCCUUAGCCAGCCCCUGGCUCUCGAAUAG